GCAGCAUCGUCAGGAGUGAUGUCUUCAGUUUCUCUGCAGACGAAUUUAAGAAUAAUAGGAACUCCUGAAAGAAUCAGAGGCUACUAUCAAAGAGGAGAGUUCUUUACCAUUAAAAUGGUUCAUACAUGUUUACUAUCUUUAGAGAAUAUAAAAACUGCAGGGAAAACCAUGAAGAGCAAUAUUGAGAGUGUGAUAUCUGAUGAGUUUCUACAUGUUCCUCUGGAAUUCCCUGUCUAUGCUCUUCAGCAUGUCACCUCUCAGGCAGGUGCAAGACAAAUUCUGGACUCUCAAUCGUUCAAGGGAAGGGAACAUGAAAGACCUGAAUUUAAUGGCCUUUUCUUCUGGAGUGCAGAUAUCUCUUCAGAUGACAUUCAGAAGGCUCAUCACCAGGCUUAUGAGACAAUGAGGAGCAUGGUGAAUGCAGAAGACAUUGAGACUUUCCAUGAAGAGAUGAUGGAACAAUUUGCUAACUCUCCAGCAUUUGAUAAAUCGGCUUCUCGUUAUGGGAACUUUAAAUUCUCUUUCCCUCUGUCUGUUCUGUUAUCUCGAUACAAGACACAGCACUGUAAGGGUAGAGAACCCCAGCUCAGGAUACUGGGCACUGAUAUCUACAAGCAGGAGAUUGCCCAUUACAUCCUAGUGCACAGUCCUAACAUUGAUACUGAGAACUUCAAUGAGCUUCCGUUGGUACUGAACAAGCCAAAUAGAUCCCAUAAUCCAUAUGUUGUCUCUUGGAUGGAUGAGACCUUGUACUGGAGACCGGAAUCCACCUCCAGUUCCUUACUUUUAAGUAUAUCUGGGAAUUCCUGCUCGGAUAGAAGCUGUGACCUGCAGGAAGAAUCCAGACCCUUUCGUAAAGAGCGUCCUUAUGUGCCUAGAUGUGUGUGGAACCACCUGGUGUUGGCUUUCUACCUCCCAAAUAAUAGAGAACUCAAGAUCCCACACCACUAUCUACUAAGGAACCUGACACCUUGUCACGCACUGCAGCCCUUCUUGAAAGAGCAUCCAAUUCAGAAAUACCAAGCAAGAGAAGUAAUUAGAAAAUAUAAGAAGAAGAUGAAGAGGUCAUCUCUGGAUUGUAGGACACAAGUUUCACCAAAAAGAAAAACAUAUGAAAAAAAAUCUCAGAAAAUGAAGCAAAACCAUAGAAGAUGACGCAGCAGCAGGACGCGGCCUCUUAGCCUCUGGCAGCAGAUAUGCCGUCACAUGGCGUCCUCACUGAUCACUGGAUUUAUAAAUGAUUGUUUGUAACUUUCUGGAUUUCUUAUAUCCUGUUAACUCUUCCUUUUCUAUGU